GGCCUGGUCUUUGUCGUCACCACACCACUACCCCCCUCACCCACCCCACCAACCAACCAAUCAACCGCAUAGCGAACAAGACCUUCUCCAGCCAGCAAGCUUGUUCACCCGCUAGUCCAUUCGACAGCACCACCGCCUAACCGCAUUAUAAAUAUUGACAAUUCCGUGACAGGUUCGACACAGCAAACAUGCCUGCGCAGGAGUCCAUCCCCCCAGCAGCAAACGUCCUAGGAACUAUCGGAACGGUGCUCUGGUGCAUCCAGUUGAUUCCACAGAUAUGGUUUAAUUAUAGGAAUAAGUCCACGGAGGGAUUGCCGGGGAUAAUGAUGUUGGUUUGGGCUUUUGGUCCGCCUGCCCUUGCUCUUUCAACCCAUUCGUCCAAUUGCUGACUGGAAGUCAUUAUAGCUGGACCUCCCUUCGGAGCUUACGCAGUUAUUCAGGUAUGAUAUAAAAUUAGUUACCCGUAGACAAUCGUUCCCCCAAUUAACCAACAACCUACUUCCCCAUUCUUCCAUACCAGCUACACCCCCCCCCCCCCCCCCCACCACACACAAAUCACUUCCCAGCUAACACAGUCUUGCCAAGAACCUCAACAUCCCCAUCCAAAUCCAACCGCAAGUCUUUGCCUCUCUCUCCCUCAUCUCCUGGGCGCAAUGCCUGCACUACGCCUCCGGCUGGGCCGUCUGGUCCUCAAGCCUGAUAGCCCUCGCGGUAGCCAUUGCCUGCGCGGGCACCGAAGCCGCGCUAAUCCUCACCCUGCAGCCAAUCUACAACCGCGGCACCGAGUGGCCGUUGUUAGCCGUUGGAAUUAUCGCAUCGAUAUUGCUAGCUGCCGGCUUGAUUCCACCCUAUUUCGAGAUUUGGAAGAGAAAAGGGAGGGUUGUUGGGAUUGGUUAGUUCCCUUUGAAUGUAUGGGUGAAUGAGAAUGAGAGGAGGGGAAGCGCUAAUAGGGAUCUGGGUUGGAUAGAUUUUGUCUUCCUGUCAAUCGACUGGCUUGGAGCACUUUUCUCCAUCAUGAGCCUCGUGGCGCAGCAUACCUUCGAUUACCUCGGCGGGGUGCUAUACCUCGUCGUCAUCCUUCUCGAGUCCGGGAUAUUCAUUUCCCAUUGGAUAUGGCUAUUCCGUACCCGGAAGCAGCGCAAGGCAGAGAAGGGGGCCGCCCCAGCAGAAGCGGCAACACCGUCCGCAUCCGCCGACGAGAAGCUCCACGGCAGCGAUAUCGCAAGCACCACUGAUAGUAAUAAUAAAGAUGUGGAAUUGAAACAGGAUGUCUAGUCCAGUAUGCUGGGCAGAUUGGAUAGCUUUUCUUUUCUUUUCCUUCUCCCCUUGAUCCCCCGCUGUGUACAUCCGAUAUAUGGUCUCCCUGUGUAUAUAUUGUCGUCAUACCGUAGAGGGAGGGAGUGUGGUGCUUACUUUUUGUACCCCUGAUCUACUCUACUACCAUUAGCAUAAAUCCAAUGCAUGAGUACUAGUACAGUACGGUAAACCUGC